UAUGAGAGUUGGUAUUAAUUUGCAUCAGAAAACUUUACAACAUACUAAAUGUCCAUUCUUAAAGACAUUCAAUAUAAAUAUGACAUCAGAAUAAGCUAUAACCAAAUACACUAAAUUUUGCCCUUAUCUUCAUUUUAAGGAAAUGAAGUAAAUUAUAAUAAGAUUUCUAGAUCUGAGGCAAAGAAGUGUCCAAUUGACCAUACUUAAUUUUAUAGUAACCAAUUCAAAGGGGUUAUUCAAUAGAUAAAAGAUGAAGGACGAUACAGAGAAUUCAAGAGUUUAUUACGAACAAAUGGAGAAUUUCCAAGAGCCAUCAAUAAGACUCCUUCUGGAGAUUAAGCAAUUACAUUAUGGUGCAGCAACGAUUAUUUAGGUAAGAGUAAUGAGUUAACAGUAGGAAUGUCUUAAAAUCCUAUGGUAACAUAAGCCACGAAAAAUGCAAUUGAUCUUACAGGAAUAGGAGCAGGUGGAACACGUAAUAUAGGUGGCACAAGUAUCUACCAUGUUGAGUUGGAAAGAGAACUAGCUGAUUUACAUAGGAAAGACAGUGCUUUAGUUAUGAACAGUGGGUAUGUUGCUAAUAUGGCCACAUUGGAUACACUCGGUAAAGUUUUAAAGGAUGUGACAUUUUUGAGUGAUGCCAAGAAUCAUGCAUCUCUAAUUGAAGGAAUGAGAGCUACUAAAAGAGAUAGAGUCAUUUUUAAACAUAAUGAUUAUAAAGAUUUGGAAGAGAAAUUAAAAUAAUUAGGUAUUUUUAUAUUGUACAAAAUUAGAUAUUUAAUAAAACAAAGUCAUAGUAUUUGAAUCUGUUUAUUCUAUGAAUGGUACUGUUGCACCAAUCUAAGAGUUUAUCAACUUAGCAAAGAAAUACAAUGCUCUUACUCUUAUUGAUGAAGUACAUGCUGUAGGUAUGUAUGGUGAUAGAGGGGCAGGUGUAACAGAAAAACUUGGAUUAUAAAAAGAGAUAGAUAUAGUUACAGGAACAUUGGGCAAAGCAUUUGGAUGUUCUGGAGGUUAUGUUUCAGCCAAUUCAGAAAUUGUAGAUGCAGUUAGAAGUACUGCUAGUAAUUUCAUUUUCUCAACAUCAAUGUCUCCAAUAAUAGCAGCAGCUUGUUUGGAGUCUGUUAAAUAUCUCAAAACACAUCCAGAAAUUAGAGAAAGACAUCAAUAUGUGGCUUCUCUUAUUAAAGCUAAGCUUAAGAGCAAGGGCAUUCCAGCUCUCAAUAGUGCUUCCCAUAUUGUUCCAGUUUUUAUAGGAGAUCCUGUUUUGUGUAAAGAGGCUUCUGAAAAACUACUUAAUGAAUACAAUAUCUAUAUAUAACCGAUCAACUAUCCAACAGUUCCAAGAGGGUAAUAUGAUAUUCCUAUAUUAUUUUAGAUAAGAGAUAUUACGUAUAUCUCCUACUCCGUUACAUACCGAGGAAAUGAUUGAUUAGUUGGUUGACUCUAUCGAAUGUGUAUUUAAGAGCCUAAAUCUGAGAAUGGAAUCUUAAUAUGCAGCAGAACAAAGGGCAAUCUUCUAAUGAUAGU